UGGCAACAGGCACGCAUAUUGACUCUUUUACCGAGGGCAACAAAGCAGCCGGAGUAUUUGCGCAGAAUGGCGUCAACCAAGAGGAAGUGUCAAGAAGAAAUCAUCCAGACACUGAGGAAAAAUAGCAGGAAUGGAACAGGACCGCCAUGUAGAUUUGACGAUGCAGAAAUCAUUUCACUCCUGGAGAUGUUCUCAGAAAUCUGUGCCAGCAAAGGCACCCCAGAGAAAAUGGAUAGAAACAGAUUUCGGGAUGAGCUGCAAACCUGUUUCAAAAUCACAGACGACUUCCUGAUGGAUAGAGUUUUCAGAGCAUUUGACCGAGACAACGACAGUGCCCUGAAACAGGAGGAGUGGGUGUUGGGGCUUCAUGUCUUCCUCAGGGGAGAUUUAGAAGACAAGAUAAAGUAUUGCUUUUUGGUGUAUGAUCUCAAUGGAGAUGGCUACAUCUCUAGAGAAGAAAUGUUUCACUUACUGAAGAACUGCCUCUAUAAGCAAUCGUCAGAGGAAGAUCCUGAUGAAGGUGUGAAGGAUCUGGUGGAAACAGUGCUCAAGAAACUAGACCAGGACCACGAUGGUCGAGUAAACCUCAUGGACUAUCGGAAAGCUGUCACAGAAACCCCCUUGCUACUGGAGUCACUUGGACCCUGUCUGCCUAGUCAAGCUGCCUGCAAUGAGUUCCUGGCAUUGAUGCAUGGUAACCUUGGACAGCGUAGCGGAAUGGGUAGACAUCACAAGCAGGAUGAAGAGAACAAGAUGAUCAAGCACAGGAACAAAGAACAAAAGGGAAAGACUCAAAGGAAAUGAUAGAGGUCUGAUUAGAAGUUUGUAAAUGCUCUGCUGUCCCCCAAGAUCAGGGUGAAUUUUCCAUCUCUUUGUUUCAAUGCUCAUCUGGCAAUUAUAAUUAAAUUGGUUCUAGGUAAUACUUUACCUUCUAUGGACAAAUGUUACAAAUUUUGAAGAUACUCUGGUUGUUUUGUUAGGAUGUUUCAGGCAGAUAUAUUUAUCAAUAUAUUAACAUUUCUAGUCUGUUUGCAUCCAGUAUAAAAUAAAUCACGUUAAUUAAAUCAUUUUGAUACGGUCUGUAAAUGAGAUGUUGCAUUCUUAAGUUGUAUGAAAGAAUUGAUAAUGAUCAUGCACCCUAACAAAAUGUUUUUCAGCAACUGUUUUGCAUUUGUUGUGUGUCUUUAGUUUUCAUUUGUGCAUUUGAAUUCAUCAAGUCAUAUUUCAUAUAUCUUAAACUGUUCUGUUAUGUGUAUUUACAUUUCCAUCUGCCAAACAUUGUGUCUACUCUUGAUCUGAAUCAACUGUAGUUCGAGGAUGUUUUUAGUUUAUGUGUAUUGUGUGACGAACAAUUUAUUUGUCUUCAUUUAAGGGGACCAGUAGAAAUAUUUAACUGGGACUUUCCUAUAAAACAGUAUUUGUUUGUUCAGCAUCUGUUGUACAUAUUUGUAUAAUAUAACCAACUUGUGUAGUUUGGAAAUAAAUGAUUUUACAAAUAAA